AUGAUAUGCGGAGAAUCAGCAGCAGUCGACCUUACAACUGUUGACGAAUGGAAAAAACGACUUGUAUCAAUAAUCGAUAGUUAUGAUCCGAAUGACGUUUACAAUGCUGAUGAAACCGGUUUAUUCUUUAAAGCAUUACCAAAUCGUUCGCUUGUCACCGCCAAGGAUACAUGCAAGGGUCGAAUAAAUGCAGAUUAUUGUACAUGGAUUCGUAGAGAUAAUUCUCAUGUUGUAGUAGAAUUGAGUUAG